AUGGCGCAGAGUCUCGAAGCCAGACCGACGGUGGUGGACUUUCGCGAGGAUAGCCCGUGGGUGCAGCUAGCCAAGGCUCACUGGUUGGAUGCGAAAGUGCCCAAGGCCAAACCCGAUGUGAUCAAGCAGCAAUUAUGGGAUCCACUGGAGAAAGAAGGCUUCAACAGUCGCUCUUUGUUGAUCUUGGAGAAUCUGAAUAUUCUGGAAAAGUUUCUGUGGCCGACAUACACUGAGGAUGCUUCGAAUCACCAUGUCCUUCUUAUCGCUCUUAUUGUCAGCGUUAAAUAUCGCGAGCAUCUCCCAAUCUGGGACAUCUUCUCCGAUCGCAGCGAUGAUUUCUCGAGCCUCUUCCACCGCAUUCUCUCCAUGAGUAUCGAUCCUUCACUGCCGACUCAUUCACGCAUGUCGAUCAUCUCAUUCAUCAUCGGCGCUUUCCAAUCCCUCGAAAACGUCUUGAUCCGGAAAGAAUGUGCUCCGCUCGUCUCGAUCUCGAUCUGGCACAACCUAGCCAGCGAGGAAGCCAGGGAGAAGUUGAUUGCGAAAUCCCCUGCCGUCAAAAAGGCAUGGAGGGCCGCAGGAAAGCGAUAUGAUGCAGGUGACGAGGCGGCCAAGGCCAAGAGUCGGUUCGAACGGUCCUGGCUGUACACCAUGCUGUUGGAUUUUCUGCGGAAGCUGAAUGGCUCAGAGCAGCAGCAGACCGAAAACUUGCUGUACUGUGAGCGAUUCUUGGAGCUCCUCGUGGAUCUUUUGAGUCAACUUCCAACCCGGCGCUAUGCCAAUACGCUUCUCAAAGAUCUCAACCUUCUACCCAUUAUUCGCCUGUCACAACUCUACCGCAACCCAGAGAAUGGUCUUCUACGUGACUUCUACAAUCUUCUUAAGCAUUUCAUGGAUUUCGCAAUUGACGAUUACUCUGGAGAAGCUCUUUCGCCUCAAGCAGUCUAUGAUUUGCACUGCAAGGAGCUAGCACAGCUACAGAGAACAUCUAUGAAAUUCUUCAAAGAUAAGCUCAUGAUUCUUGCCCUGUCUAACCUUGGAUCGAUCGAACAACGAUCUGAACUUGAAGGCCAACUUUCAACCUUGGAAGAGCCAGAGCUGCAGAGCCUGUGCUCCCACUUGGGCUUCCGCACAAACUACCCCAAGUCAUCAAAUAUUAAUCCAGAUCGCCAGCUUUGCCUAGAAGUUCUCUUGUCUUACUACGAACGCAGGCUACCCUUCCAAGAAAUUGCAUCUCAAUUGAGUGUGAUACCAACAGAGGAGAGCCUGUACGACCCAGCCCUGCUGAGAAAUGAGACUUAUGAUGGAUCCAGACCCUUGGCAAUUCCCAAAUUGAACCUUCAGUACUUGAGUCUUGGUGAUUUCCUUUGGCGAUCGUUCCUUCUGUACAGGUCAGAGGCAUUUUUCCAAAUUCGCAAGGAUAUGGAAGCUAUUGUGAAGCGCAUGCAACCCCGAGCUAACCGCAGUGGAAGCAUGGAGUUCGAGGGAUUCUCUCGGAUGGCAAUUCCCAUUUCUAAACCUGCCAUUAUUGAAGUUGCGCCUGCGAAGGUAGGAUCACCAAACCCUGCAUUUGUUCGUGCGGAAAUUUCAAUUGAAGUCGGAAGGCUUGCAGAAAAUAUCCGCAAGGAAUGGGAGGCACUUCGUCCAGAUGAUGUUGUCUAUCUAAUGGCAGUUCAGCCGUCAUCACUGGGUGAUAAUACUUCAGAGGCGCCACACAUGACUCAUCUGCGGACAGCUGAGAUCGUACAAGUACUCGACGAGCAAGGUCGUCCACUGAGACAGCCAGCUGCCGGUCAAUCAAAUGGACACCAGUCUCGCCCACGAUUGCGUAGACUUCUGGUGAACUUGGAUGCAGCAUCAUUCAAGGCUGAUAAGGACCGACAGGUUCAGGGCAAGCCGGAUAUUUAUCCUUUGAUUAAUGUGGUUGCUCGUCGGAAGGGCCGAGAGAAUAACUUCAAGUCCAUUCUGGAGACUAUGCAGAAAUUGAUCGUCUCAGACAUGGAGCUUCCUGCCUGGCUUCAAGAUAUCUUCCUCGGAUACGGUGAUCCUGCAGGUGCCCAGUAUACUAACUUGCCUAAUCGAUUCAAAUCGGUUGACUACCGUGAUACUUUCUUGGACUGGACCCAUCUGGUGGAGAGUUUCCCUGGCAAGAUCAUUGAACCAUCUGGUGCUGAAUCAUCUAGCUUCGUUCCUCCCUAUGUUCUUGAAUCUGUCGAGGGCGAGGCGACUGCAGCCCCUGCCAGUGCGGCCCCAGCAAAGAAACGCCGACGCGAUCAAGCCGAGGAGGCGGAGCAAGGUCCUGCUACCCUUCGUGUUUCAACAUACAAGCCUCCUAACCCUGGUCCUUACCCUGUUGACACGCGCAAGCACAACACAGUGAGGUUCACACCUGCCCAAGUGGAGGCCGUCGCUUCCGGUACUCAGCCAGGACUUACUGUCAUCGUGGGUCCGCCUGGAACCGGCAAGACUGACGUUGCAACACAAAUAAUCAACAACCUUUACCACAACUUCCCCAAGGAACGCACACUCCUCAUUGCUCAUAGCAAUCAGGCACUCAAUCAGCUGUUCCAGAAAAUUAUUGCACUGGACAUUGACGAACGUCACUUGUUGCGACUGGGUCAUGGUGAGGAAGAGUUGGAUACAGAUUCCAACUAUAGCAAAUAUGGCCGAGUCGAAUCCUUCCUCGACAACCGCAACCAUUACUUGUCAGAAGUCAUGCGCCUGGCAGCCUCAAUUAGAGCUGAAGGAGCACACGGUAACUCUUGCGAGACUGCUGGAUACUUCAACACGGUCUACAUUCAGCCUGCGUGGGCUAAGUUCUGGGAUAGAGCUGGCUCUGACGAGACUUCUACAGAAGAUAUUCUCUCUUCAUUCCCAUUCUAUGACUAUUUCUCGAAUGCCCCUCACCCCUUAUUCCAGGCUGAUGACUCAAAAGAGACCAUCUUGGAUGUCGCUGCAGGUUGCCAAAGACACAUUGAACGGAUCUUCACUGAGCUCGAAGAUAUUCGACCCUUUGAAAUUUUGCGACAGCCUCGGGACAAAGCCAAUUAUCUCCUAUUGAAAGAGGCACGUGUCAUUGCAAUGACCUCAACACACGCUGCGAUGCGCCGUCAGGAAAUUGCAGACCUGGGCUUCCAUUAUGAUAAUGUGAUCAUGGAAGAAGCCGCGCAGAUCACUGAGAUUGAGAGCUUUAUCCCCGCCGCUCUUCAGAACAUGAAGAACGGGGAGCUCCCUCUUAAGCGUGUCGUCCUCUGUGGAGAUCAUUUCCAGAAUUCACCGAUCAUCCAGAACCUUGCCUUCCGGCAAUACGCACACUUCGAGCAAAGUCUUUUCCUCCGUCUGGCCCGUCUAGGUGUUCCCGUGAUCACUUUGGAUAAACAAGGGAGAUGUCGCCCGAGCAUUGCCGAGCUUUUCCGCUGGCGCUAUCAGCAAUUGGGAGAUCUUCCAUCUGUCGAGACCGUCUCGGAGUUCAAGCAGGCGAAUGCAGGCUUCCAGUUCGAUUACCAAUUCAUCAAUGUUCCCGAUUACCAGGGCAAUGGUGAACGCGAACCUACACCUCAUUUCAUUCAGAAUCUGGGCGAAGCAGAGUAUGCGGUCGCUUUGUAUCAGUACAUGCGAUUGCUGGGUUACCCAGCCGCGAAAAUCUCGAUUUUGGCCACGUAUGCUGGACAGACGGCUUUGAUUCGGGAUGUAUUGAAUCAUCGUUGUGGCAAGAAUCCUCUCUUCGGUCUCCCCAAGAUUGUGACUACAGUAGACCGAUACCAGGGAGAGCAAAAUGACUACGUUAUUCUUUCUCUGACCCGCACCCGUUCUGUUGGCUACCUACGUGAUGUUCGUCGUCUCACUGUGGCCCUGUCGCGUGCUCGAUUGGGUCUUUACAUCCUUGGUCGUCGUGAGGUUUUCGAGGGCUGCUACGAGCUCAAGCCUGCGUUCGAUCGCCUUCUACAGCGCCCGGAUAAGUUGAUGCUUGCCCCGGGUGAGAUGUUCCCAACUACCCGAGCGCUGGACGCUGAGACUGAGGGCACCCCCAUGGAAGGAGUCGAGCAUCUUGGCCAGUAUGUCUUUGAGAUGACACAGGCUAAGGUGAAGGCAAUGGGUGAUGGGGCAAUGGUUCUUGAUGAUGCUGCUCCGGUUGAGGAUGGGCUUCUAGACGAGGAUGAGGUCAUGGAAGGCGCUGGUGAAGAUGAGGAUAUUGACAUUGUAUGA